AUGGGAAGCUGGAAGAAUUUAUCAGAUAAAACAUGUGACUUGGACAAAGAGUCUCGCGAUUAUGAUACCGUCGAAGUUCACUUUUCCGUGAUUCGAUACGUUAUGCCGUUUUUGGCUAUUGCCGCUCUCCUUGGUACGACUAUUCUUCUUUUUAUUUUCUCGGACUUUGGUAACGCUAACCGGACGUGUCGGGGCGUUACUAAUGCCCACUUUAGUAGCGUCAGCAAUCUUAAGUGAUCCUUAGAUUUGCUCCGAAGCGUCCGGUUUUCGUCUCCGAUGUCCGAGUGUAAGUUAAGAAAUUUCAAACUACCCUAAAUUAAAAUGCUAUUUUACACUUAAUUUUUUUGUGAAAAAGGGAAGUGUGCAGAAAUGCCUACUGAAAGUUGUCAGGUCGAAAAUAAGAGAUGACAUAUCAUCUCUGUUGAAAUAUCUUUCUGUGAUUCUCAAAGGGGCACAAGACUUGUACGUCCCGAAAUAACGCCCAGAACAGCUUUUGAGAUCUUCCGUUUGUCACAUUUCUCAAAUCACUUCAGAGAAUUUUAUUGAGGAUUUAUUUUAUCAUUUACAAAAACUUUCCUAGGAAAUCUUACCUUCAUCGGGCUCGUCUUCUGGGGGAUCCGACAUGGGAGGUUGCCUUUGAAGCGUUAUUUGAUGGUUAUUAACCGGAGGUAAAUGAAGUUUUUGGGGAAGUGUAACUUUUCUGAGAUCUUAGCGUCGCCGACAUAGCAACAACCACUAUUGCAUUGACCUACUUUCUAAAGGAAUCUUUGUGAGUUUGAAACCUCUAUCUCUCUUUCUCUCUCUACUUUGCUCAUUCCUGAAUUAUUAGCCACAAUUGCGACGACGAGCACAUUUGCUAUUCAAACGACGGCGGUGUCAGCAGCCUCAUAUUGCAGGUCUAAUAAGUGUGGUAUUUUAAUACAAUUGAAAAUUGGCAGAAUUUGACAGAUCUAGUCGAUUUACGCAGACGAAUCGCAUUGCAAUUAGUUUUUUUUAGGUUUUGAUAUAUGAACCGACAAAGAAGAAAUUUGAUGAGAGCUUUCUGAAUCAAUCCUGGAAAAUUACUUUAGAAAGAGAAAACUUGAAUUUAAAUGUAGAGUUGCGUUUCAUUUUUUCCCAAAAUAACUGUUUUCUUGCCGCUUUUCAAAGGAACUGAAAGCUGAGCCACGAGAUUAUUUGAGGAUCCAAAAUGUUUUUAUUUUUGAGGUGGCUUUCAUGCUUGACUACUGGGCGGUCGCCUUGUCUUACAGUGGAAUCGCAUUGUUGACAUGGUACGCGGUGAGAGCGCCUUUAGCAUACAAGGUUUUGGCAACGGUAUCCUGAUCCUACAGUAAUCCAUCUUAGAUCCGACUGACUUCUGCUACGGUUACACGUUUGAUUAUCGUCAGUUGGGCGGGAAUGAGUGUCUUGUUGCUCUUUUUCGUGUUGUUCUGGCACGGCGGCGAGCUCAACUUUAACGGGAACGCAGUGAUUCAUUUGUUUCUGGACAAUUAUGGGGAAGACGAUGUGAGCUUCAAAUUCAUUUAUGUGGAAGAUCAGAUGAGGAUGUAUACAUUUCGUUUGCAGCUGUAUAUUUUUUACAUUUUUGCAAGAAAAAGUAGGAACAAAUGCAGGUCCAUCAAAAAAGUUAUGAAAAAUUUUGGAAACGGCUCUUGGUUGGAGUGUAUACUGUUCCUUUGCUUUUUCUGUGAAAGACGCAAAAAUUUUGUAUGAACUCAAUUAAGACUGAAAAAGGCUCAUCCCUUUGAUAUUGUUCUCACGUUUGUAUCUGCUUCUUUGAAAAGCAACGACUUUUGAGCAGACUUCACACGAGGAAAAGGAUUAUGACUUUCAGAAUUUCGUGAAAAAUUUUAUCAUCGUUUAAGUGAAAUUAUAAAUUAUUUUUUCAAACCAUUGGUAGAUAUAUUUGCUCAGCACGUGGCUAUUUGGCUGGUCGACCUUUGUGUCGAGAUUGAACAUCAUCCGCCGUAUCGAGCAGCGAUGGAGUCGAUGUUGCCGCCAAUCGUGUUCUACCUCAUUUCUCUCACGUCAUACAUGCUUGUCGGAAUUUUAAAAUUUUGUUGUGGAAAUUUUACCAUUCGAGGUUUCUCAAGAACUUUUCCACCGUCGUGGAAGCAGCAUCUACAAGCGUCACCACGCGGCCAUGUGGCGGCUCGGCAGUCAUUUACUCAUUUUUUCGACGACUUGUCUACUCAUGGGUGCCGCUUUCUAUGGCUCUCUUCCCAUGGAGGCGUUUUGCAAGCAGCAGAAGCUGGUGAACCAUUUCUUCACUGAAGGAAACAUCAAAAUAUCAGUCAUAAGUGUUAUUUCAAAAGAUUAUAAUUUUUUUCAAAUAUUCUUGCACGGUUUUUGAAAGGGUAAUCACAAAUUUUUUAAAAUAUGUUUUGCAAUAAAUCUGGGCAUUUAUGCCGUGUUCACAGUAAUUUUCGCAAAAUGCAAAAUUAUCUCUGACCUACCGAAAAAAAUCCUUUUUUUUUCUCGGCUAUUUUGGAUUUCGCGGAACCACUUUGAACACGGCAUUAAAAUUCAUAAGAAAAAAUUUCAAUCAGAAUAUUUAAAUGUUUCUCUGAACACACUUUUGACUGAAGUUUGAAAAACAAAAUUGUCUCAUUAUUAGAAGUUUUAUCCUCAUCAUUUUUUUUAAAGAAUGGAGAAGCUUGCAUGGAUCCCGUUGUGACUUAUACAUUUUUCGCAGCAGCUGCAGUUAUUGGCUGGUUUCUUCGGAUGAUUAUCGAUGCAGCUAUUGACAUGGUAAUGUUAUAGUGAAAAUGAGAUAUCUCCUAUUGACCGAAUCGACCGAAAAAAAGUGUAUAAACCUUACGGUUGCAAGAUUUUUGCAGUUUGUCGACGGAGUUCUGAGAAGAGCCGUUUUUGGGCGAGCCAGAACUAUAGCCUCAACCGCUACUAUGACUACUGCUGAUGUAUGUUAAAGAUGAAACAACUUUUUGAAUGUAAAAGGGAAGUUUUCAAGGUUCACAUUGGUGAAGUUCAAGGGUUUUCUUUACAAAAAAAUAAUGCCUUAAAAAGUUUUGUCUCUUUCUUUUUUUUGGCACAAGCUGAAUGGUACCGGGACGAUUCUCUUCAGAGUUCCUCCGUGCUAUAUGAGUUUUGGGGAAACGAUGUUUGAUGUGGGUGAAAGUGACACUCAAGAUUUUGUGAAAACCUGGUCAAAAAUAUCUUUUAUUAUUAUUUAUAUACGGUAGCUUUCGGCGUUAAUAACGUCCAUUGUUGAAAUCAGAAGAUUUAUGUCAAUCUCCGAAGGACUUAUUAUUAGAAAAUACGAGGUUAAAAUCGAAAACGAGGCGAUUCAGCGUGGAGAAACGCUUGGAAAGAAAAUGAGAAGGCUGACGUCAUCUUUUGUUCCGAGAAUUCGCCGUGGCGCCGUCCAAUUUAUCCAAGUAGGCCGAAAGCUACUGUAUAACUCAAGCUAUUGUAUUAACUUUGAUAGAUUUACAGAACGGGCAUAAGUCGUCGAUGAACAGCACGCGAGCCCAAGAAGCCGUUCCACUCGCUACUUUCGCCAGUCGCGCUACUAUCGACUUGUGAAACUCCUGACGAGACUACGUUCGAAAAUCAAUUAAAUAGGCCUGAUGAAACUUCCGCGAUCAUUUUUGGAAGACAAUGCGCCAUUAUAUUCAUAUUAUGAAAGAAAAACAAAGAACUUUUCGUUGGAUGAAUCAUUAAGUUCUUUCUUUUCCGAAGUAGGUUCCGGGAGAAAAUUGUUUUGAAGAUUUCCAAUACUGGCUUGCGGCAAUCAACAUCGGUCCUCAUCAUGUAAUGUCCACCUGGUCAUAUUUAUCCAUUUCCGGUCAAUUUAUCGCUAAGAAAAAAAUUAAAAAAAAAGGUUGUCUCUGAUAAAAAUGUCAAAAAAUCGUGGACCAUCGCCCUUUUUGUCGGUCUCCUGAAAAGCUUUUUUCAAGUCCGAAUUUGAAGCGAGAUUCCUGUAAUGUCUUCAGUGUCACAACGGACUAUUGGAAAUUGGCUGAGGUUUUCAUCGAAUUUUUUUUCCCAAUAACUGGCGGUAGGUAGUUCUAGUGGAAAGCGUUCGAAAAAAAAAUAAAGGAAUAAUGAGCUAUUUUGUCCAAAGUAAUCGUCUAAAACCGUGAAAUAAUUAUCAUAUUUUAUAGAUAGAAUUUGCAACGAUUUAUUACUAAGAUAAUAAUACAAGAAUGGAAGGAAAUUGGUUUUUUUAAAAAAGGAUUUAAUGAUUAAAAAAAAUUGAGGUCGUUUGAAGAUAAGAAUUUUAAAAGAAAGCGUAAACGUGGCGUGUUCAUUUGAUAUAUAUAAGAGCGGUUGCGUCCAGAACGCCAUUAUCUUCAGCUCAAAAGCUUCGUCUCGUCUGCAACGGUACGCUUCUUCGAGUUUGCUCCAAAACCUACAAAAGAAGUCUACAGGAUGAUGAGGCGCAGCAUCUGGCUUAUUUCUAUCUGUCUCUUGCAUCCUGUUGCUGCGGGUGGUGGUAGUUCUGACGCAGAAUGUACAGCAAAGGUACAUUCAAAUUUUAACUCAAAUAUUGUCUUCAACUAGCCCAAAGUAUCAGUCAGUAAAUUCAAGCUCCAGUGGAAAUGGAGGUAAACGUUUCGCAUGACCAGGUUCAGCGCAGUGAUGUGUCGCUUGAUGGUCCUUAAUGAAAUUUUUGUUUUUCAUUAAGGUUUUAGUUUAUAAAAAUCUCUACGAAAUUUUAAUCAAAUUGGGUUCAUUGGGCAGCUUUGAUCUCCAAGUGUGCAAGUUCGUAUAGUCUAUUCCGCGCCAGCUUGUCACGUUUUUCUUCCCGCCAAAAAGACCGUAUACAAAAUUAAAUCAAAUUUCUGCUUUUAUAACGGCAGGAAGCAAAGGUCUUGAAGCGAAAGUUGGUUAAAUUUGACCUGGCCUUUUGGCGGAAAGAAAAACGUGACAAGCUAGCGCGGAAUGGCCUAUAAGUUCCGUAGAUUUUUUUGAAAAUUUUUUGAUACCACUGCACCAGAAACGAUAGAGUCCGAACACUUGAUUAAAAAAACUGUUUAGUCUCUUCAGAUUUUGAAUCUCAAGCAGAAAACUCCGCCCCCAACAACGCUCUAUGGAUUGCUCGCUGUCUGAUUGGUUUUAUCUACUCAUAAGGGGCAGAGUUUGAGCGAUGCCUUAACAUUUGAAAUCUGAACAGUCUAUAGCGAUAAGUUUCUGUGCGAGACCUGGUUGGGAGAAACCUACGAACGUACAGAUAGCUGAGAUAAAGAAAUUGUUUCCAAAGCUUGAUGGAAAGUUCUCACCUCAAAUCUUCAUAAAAUUGGUCCCUUUACAAAAGUGUUUUUAUGGUGAUAAUUAAGUAGUUUUUACGUGAAGGAAAAAAUUUCAUUUACUUUGAUUAUAGUCCGUUCAGAUUAUGAAUGUCAAGUAGAAUGACGUCAUCCGAAAAUGCUCUGUGGAUGGCUCGCUCUCUGAUUGGUUUAUCGCGCCAUUAGGAGACGGAGCUUGAGCGAUGACUUGACAUUUGAAAUCUGAACAGACUAUAUUUCAAACACAACUUCUUUCAACAUAUUACACGGAACAUUUAGUUGAAAAAGAGUAUGAAUGGACGUUUCAGGGAGCGGACGAUUGGAGAGUGAGCCACGAUAGCGUUUUGAGUGAUGCCUGUAAAAAAGGCAGUUCUUCGGCUAGCAUGUGUAACUCCACGGGCAAAGCGGAAUGUGUCAAAAAUAAUUGCUGUGCUCGUUCGUUUGUUAUUUACGCUAUUUUCGAGUCUGGAAAGUUGGUACAAGCACUAAGAAUAACUGCCGAGAUAAACGCGAGACGCUGGCGGUACAUUGACGAGCUCGCAAACAUCUCGCAUUUUUCUGGGCGCGAGCUCGCAUUUCUCUCGCAUUUUCAAAAUUUCCGAAAUGCAAGAUAAAUGGGAGGUCGCGCCGAGAAGAAUGCGAGCUCGCGCCCAGAAAAAUGCGAGACCGGCGCGAGAAAAAAUGCGAGAUGUUUGCGAGCUCGUCAAUGUACCGCCAGCGUCUCGCGUUUAGAGGUAUUGAUCAACUUUUAUGAAUCAGCUGUCCUAAGACGUCUAACGCGUUUCAGACGUUUUUCAAUGGAAUAUUGAGAAGGCGCUAAUUUCACUAAAUGAUGGCUGAAGGGCUCAAAUACACUAAGAAUAACUGCCGAGAUAAACGCGAGGUCGGUGGCGGUACAUUGACGAACUCGCAAACAUGUCGCUUUUUUCUAGGCGCGAUCUCGCAUUUUUCUGGGCGCGAGCUCGCAUUUAUCUUGCAUUUUGGGAAUUUUCAAAAUGCGAGAGAAAUGCGAGUUAUUCUUAUUGUAGUUUUUAUAAUUUUUUCGGAAUUCGCAACUUUUAGAAAAAGUUUCUGAUAUUACCGCAAUCCUCUCAAUUUGAGUAAUAUAAUGUAGUAAUGUAGAUUUAACACACGUUCUCUGAGAAAAUCGAUGACUUUUCAGUAAUAAUAAGCAAAAUAAAAAAAAGUUUUUUAGAUUUGCCUCAAAAUGUGAUCACAGCUCACACACGUGCUUCUGAUUAUUAAGCACCAGGUUCCAGGUGGCUCCGCCCCUUUUUAAAGAUACUGUAGACAGUAAGCUGAAAAAAAUUAAUUUUUUUCCUGUUGAGAAUUUUCAUACAAAAAUGCUUGGAAAUGUAAGAAAACACUAUUUUGAGUAUUUUUUCAGUUGCAACUUUUUUUCUAACUCGACUUCUUCGGGGAGAAAAAAAUCGAAACUUCCUCAAAAACAGCGAAUCUCAUAAGGUGUUUUUAUUUCUCGAAAAAAUUGAUGAAAAAGCUUUUUUCGCCAUUUCUUCACACCGAUCUCACUUGCUUAGGUGUUCAAAAAAAAUCAAACAUUUGCUGGGUUACCCUAAAAUCUUUUUGAAUGGUUUUGCAGGUUACUUCAGCAAUUUAGAGCAGGUAAGAACGGUGAAAACGAAGAUAAGCGUGCCAAGCCUCAAAUUUGAAUAAAACUACUUAUUUCUUGCCGAAAAAGACUCCGAUUCAUGUCGAAAAGUGACGUAGGUCUCACUGAAAAAGCUUUUUGUGAGAAUGGAAACAAAAAAAGUUGUUUUCCGAGCCUUUGUGAAAAUUCCAUUUUUGGGGUCGUCACCUUCAGGCGGCCGGAGGUCAACUGGGCCACCCCAGAGAUUUCUACCGGACUAACUUUUCCUUAUCAAGAAAGACCUACUCUUCCAUAUACCAAAAGAUAAUGACCACAUUCGGGGGUUCCUACAGAAAAAACUACCUGAAAACGGAAAAAAUCGGAAAUCGACGAAAGUCCUAAAAUUCGAAAAGUCUCGAGAAAUUCGGAAUAAAAUUUUCAUUGAGCACUAAAAUGGUGGAGAACAUGAACACAAGUGUUGUCUUUUGUUUCAAAACAAAAAAGAGGAAGAAGCUGUCAAAUUAGGAGAAAAAUGAUUUUUCGAAUUUUGAGCCGAUUCGAGUUGAUCACCUUCGGUCGAAUGGAGGUCAACUAUCCCACCCCAGGGAUUUGUUGUAGAACUACUUUUUCUUGAACAAGAAGGCCCCUAGUUUCAUAAUCAGAAAAAAAAGUCGUACCAUAGGGGGGUUCUUACUCUAGUUAUGGCUCAAAAACUGAAAAAAUCGCUGUUUUUGAGGAAGUUUCGAUUUUUUUCUCCCCGAAGAAGUCGAGUUAGAAAAAAAGUUGCAACUGAAAAAAUACUCAAAAUAGUGUUUUCUUACUUUUCCAAGCAUUUUUGUAUGAAAAUUCUCAACAGGAAAAAAAUUAAUUUUUUUCAGCUUACUGUCUACAGUAUCUUUAAAAAAGGGGGCGGAGCCACCUGGAACCUGGUGCUUAAUAAUCAGAAGCACGUGUGUGAGCUGUGAUCACAUUUUGAGGCAAAUCUAAAAAAUUUUUUUAUUUUGCUUUAGAUUCAUCGACUUUCUCAAAGAACGCGUGUUAAGCUAACCAUAAAAAUAAUUGAAACAUAUCUGAGAGAGAAAAAUACAAUUUAUAAAAUACAAAAAAUAAAAAAUACUGUUCUGAGCAUUUCCGUGAAGUAGGAGUUAUUGUAUCAGUUUACUAUUUAAAUGUUUUAUUGUUUGUGAAAAGUUCUUUUUUAGUGAUAAGUAGUUUUUAGAUGGAAGUUUGUGCGGAAGCGACUACCUUUUCCCCAACAGUGGAGAAGUCAAAUCGUGCAGCUCCGAAUCAGAUUGCUCGGGGCACUUUAAGGCGUCAAACGCACAAUACAUUUGCACUUCCGUAAGUUUGAGUUUUGAAAAAGAAGGCCUUAUCUUCGCCAAAGUAUUAAUAAAUUUGUCUCGAUGAAAUCGGGGAGAGUAGCAAAAAAAUUUUAUACAAUUUUAUUUGGAUUUUUUUUGUCGUUAUGAUGAAGAAAAAAAUUUAUCAAACAGCAAGGGAAAAAUAUUUAAGGAGCGUGUCAAAAAUUAGAAAAAAACGAUUGAUUCUGAAAAAAAUUAAUGCGAAUUUACUACUGAUAAUUCUCGGAUCUUUUUUUGAUUAUCAAUCUUCGAGAAAGAUCUAUGAUAAGCUUAAAAGGUAUAUUGAGGUAUUGCUAGUCAAUCAAUUUUUGUUUCUGAAGAUCUUAAUCGCUUUUCAGAAUAAAAAAUUCGCUCUAUAGAUUUUUGAGUCGUGAAAGCUUCUGAUUAGACCCAUCACUAGAUGGCAUAAAAAAGGUUUUCAAUGCAAUUCUGAAAACCUCUUACCUUUUUCAUAGGAAAAAAACAGACCAUCUGAUUCGUUUGUCUAACGAGAAGAUAUAGGGAAACUUUCUGUGUAAACGAGGUGUAGGACCCUGAACAAGAAUAUUUAUUUCUUACUAAGAAAAACUGGAAGCCACUUAUUUUCAGAAUAUUUGUUGCGUCAAGAAGGUGGUUGUCACUGGUGGAAGUGAGUUUCUCAAUUUUUCAAGUUACUAUAGUUUUAAGAUUUAGAGUAUUCUUUAAAAAAAGUCGAAAAAAAUUAACUUUUUGAAGAAAAAUUUUCAUCAAAAAAACGAAAGGCCAGAAUGAGAAAAAAAUAUUAUUGUUUUCAAAAAUAAAAAGGCUCCUUCAAAUAAACCAUAUAAACUGAAUCAUCUAGUAUAAAUUAAAAAUUUUCCUGUGAAAAAUUUUGAAAUUUUUUUUUUGUAAAAUGAAACUUUCAGCCUGUCCCGACGGCAAGACAACAAGUUCAAACUGUGCGGACCAAUCUUCGGGCACGAAAAAAUGCCAGGACCAAAGUAACAUUUGUUACAAAGACACAAGUGGCAGUGCUUUCUGCUGUGGUUAGUUUUCCUUCAUAUUUAUGAGCUUGUUCUUCUCGAGUGAAGCUCUCAAGGAACUUUUUAGGUCGUUCGUUUGUUUCAAAAUGAUGUCAUGACUAAAACGCUUAAUUUUUUCCAUAGUGACAAACUUUUGAUUCUCGCAGAUUAUUUUGAACAUUUUUGUCCCUUUCUUGAAAUUCACUUUUCAAGGUUCAUACAAUUAUAUUAUUACUGAGAUUUUUUUUCUCACCUUUUUUUGGAGAUUUGAAUUGAAAAAUUGAUGAGUUGAAAAAUUGAUAUCAUCUGAAUUUUAGUUUUUUUAUUUUCAACUUUUUGGUAGGCUACAAAUACAGACUAUUUUUUUUCAAAGUCCAAAAAAAUAUCCAAUUAAAAAGAAACAGAAAACCGUAAAAAUUAAUCAAUAUUGAGUUGAAAGUUUUCUCGGUUGGGCGAUGAAAUAAUGUUAUUUUCAAGGUUUAACACAUAAAAAUUUUUUUAGACGCAGAUGGUGCAAAAAAAUAAGUAAUACAGUCGAAUAAAACAUAAUUAAUAAACGUUAUUGUUUUUCAAGGUUUGUUUUUCGUGUUUCUAAAUUAGUUUUCGACAUUACUUAUUCCAGCGCCGACUACAUGUGGAACCGGGAUGUGGGCAGGAAUGCCCACUUUCCCAACAGAUGAUGUCCCCACUAACGUAUUCCACAACGACAAUUGCGGAAAGACAAACUACCAUGAACUGUUUAACUCAAACAAAGUUUGUUGUCGUGAGUUUUCCUUCCUUUUUCGUCUUUAAUCAAAUUGAAACUAUGGACAAAUGUGAGCCUUGUAGAUAAAGUCAUUUUUGGCGCGUCAGAAAAUAUGGGCUCUUCAAUUGUUUGUUCAGAGAUAGUUAUUUGAAAAAGUUUCGCUUCCAGCUUUCUCUUACUGUUUUCCAGUUUUAGCUUUUUGUUUUGAUUUUAUUAAAGAAUCGAUUGGCAAAAUGAGGACAGAUUCAAAGUUUUAUACAAAAUUUGGAUUUGUUUGAUUAUGGUGCCAGCUUCGCUCAAUUUUUUUCAAAAACCUUUCCAGUCUCUUAUGCGAAGUGCCAAAAAAAACGUCCGGUACUUUUGGAUUCUGGAAGGCUGAAUUUUUCAGCGUUGCCUUUUUCGUACACGCUGUCGGGCUUCGAACCCAAAGACCAUUUGGCCGUCGGAUUUACGGAGGCGUCGUCAAAGUCGGCCAAGAAGUGUUCGAAACAAGAAGACUGCGGCGAAGACGAGUUCUGCGACGGCUCCUACAACGUUAUGAACGAAUUCAAGGGGGGACUGGACGCUAGCGGAGGUCAAAAAUCGAUUCAAUUCUGCUUCAAAUGUUGGUUUUCUUCCUCAUUCAUAUAUUUUUAUAUGUAUUUUCGAUGAAUAAGCUGGAAACUUUAUAGUUUUUUUUUUUAGCGUCAUUGCGGUUAUAAUUUUUCUUUGAAAAAUCCUGUAAACUGCGAUAGUUGAAGCUAAUAAAUCAGACUAAGCUGUUUUCAUAGAAGUUUCUCGCUUUGUCGCACGGCCUUUUCGCAAUAUUCGAGCACACAUUCAAAGUCAACUCCUAAUUGAAAGCCUGAUGUGAACAAAAUUCAUUUUCAUGAAAUUUUUUAGUGCCGAAGAUUAUUGGAAAGGCGCAGCGAAACACCGGUGGUAUAGGACUGAAAGUGUGCAAUAACCACGUGGAUUGCAAGGAGAAGGAUAUGUUCUGCUACAAGAUGGACGCGGCGAAAAAGGUCAGAGUCGGUGGAAGCAAGCCCGAAACGUUCUUCGGCAUCUGCUCGAAAGGUUCGAAAAGGAGCUUCUGAAGAGUCGUGCUAACAGUUGUCUUCAGCGACUUGCACUGAAGCACCUCUGAGCAAGGAUGUGACACCGGUUAAGGAGGCGUCCCUUUCGGACUCGAAUGGCGAAUGUACCGCGUCGACCAGCUGCGUCAGCUCAGGACCGCUCGUUAACUCAACAAAUGAAGAGAAAGACUUCUACCCGUUAGUUAUCUCUCUUAAAAAAAACUGGAAAGGCGAAAAGGCUCAAUUAUUUCACAAUAGUUAAGCGCGAAAAUUGAGAAAAACACUUCGCCGAAUAUGCAAAACUUCUCCGUUGCUAAUUUUAAAAAAAACCCUUACUUACUAUUUUUGUAACGAAAAGAAAGUGGUUCUGGAAAAUUGAAACGAAAAAGUGCUCUGAGUUCAACGCGUUGCUUACGCGACGCAAUUUUUCGGAGGGAAACUUGAGGUCAAACGCUAACCUCCUUUUUUCCAUGUUUUUCGAUAGCCAGUAAUUUUGUAUGGCUCCGAAAAAUUUUGAUAGAACGAAUAAAAGCCUUCGAAUGAUGAAGAGAUAAUUUAUUUUUUCUACACUUCUUUCAUGACUCCGAGUUUCCGACAGAAAAGUCGCAUCGCGUAAGCAAUGCCUCGCCCUUGCCAAUCUCCGCACCUCGCCUUUCAAGUCGGCAAAAAUUGACUAUAGUUUGGAAAAGCAAUUCUUUUACAACAAAAGUACGACAUGAAGCUACUCAAAUUUAACUCUCAAAAAAAUCUCCUAAAAAAAUGUUUUUAAAUAAUUUUUCAAAAAAACAGAGAGGCGAAAAAUUGUUAGAAAGUGUACAAAUGAAACUCCUGAACGAAGAAAGAAGAUUGUUAGAUUUUACAAACGGCUUUCAUUUGUGCAGGAGAACGUGCUCUGACUUUUCCGACAAAACGACAAAGUUCACGACGAAGAAUGUCAAGCUGUGUUGCUACCGUAAGUUGCGAUGGCUACAUCCCUAGGUCAACUGAAUCGGCAGAGAACAUCGGGAAGUCGACGUGCGAUGGAGUGGGUCGACCGCUUUUGGACAAGACCGGCCAGAACCAGGCCAAAUGCUCGAAAAACGACGAUUGCCUCAAGUUGGUCGGUGGCAGCGCCGCCGAUUCCUACUGUGUCAAGAACGUGUGUUGCCGUGGCGCCGGUUUCUGUCCGGACAAGUUCACCGCCAGGUUUUCUGAGAGGCCCUGCACUGGCAAUAGCGACUGCAACAAGUACGGAAAGUGUGUCCAGAACUUCUGCUGUCCAAUGUGUUCGUUUUGUUACGAAAGAAGUCUUUGAGUCGAUUACUUUAGUCAACAUGACCGAUGCAUUGAACCAACCGCAACAAGGCCCUUACUGUACCCUGAUGAAGUGUCAGGACCUUCAUAAAAUGCCUAUGAACACUUAUUGCGGCAAAGAGGAUAAGGUAUGUUAAUAGUAGACAAUAGUGCUACGACAAGAGCGAUUUUUUCUUUUUCUUCUGAUGUGUGUUGUAUGAGAAAGUCCAAAUUUGACGUGUGCGCUUUGUUUGUUUGCAAAUUUUGAGUAGGUUCCUCUCCGCGUUGCUUUUUUUCAUUCAAGGUUUUAGUUUUAUAAUAAAUCACAAAAAUAGAUAACUGUUUCGAAAGGCAAAAUGUGUAAUAUUUUUGCUUGAACUAGAAUCAGUGAUCAAUAGAAAAACCUCAGCAAAAUUUUCGAUUUUUUUCUCUUUCUGAAACUCUUGUAAAAAAAUUUUUGAAAAAUGAAGAGUAUUAUUCAUUUUGAUCAAUAUCAGAUGUGCUACCUCGGUUUGCUCAACGUUGCCGGCAAGCAGCACUUUGGAGGCGAAAAGGAAUGUACGACCAAUAAAGAUUGCAGUGAUGGAACUUACUGCGUCAAUGUCGACGGCAACAAGUUCCAAUGCUUUGGAGAUCCCUUCGUCUGUUGAUUAGGGUCUCGAAAGUUGUUCAGAAGUUGUGUUGAAGGUCCCGCACGACCCCAAGGUGAACAAGGACUACAUGACGGCGCUGAUCGCGUGCAUCAUCAUGACGACUCUCUGCAUGUGCGUCUGCCUCGUUUCAAUCGUCUGCUACCGUUCGAGCCGCCUCAUCGACGCCAUGCAGAAGCGGAAGAAGAAGAAGGGCGGCAAGAAAGGCAAGGGCAAGAGUGAAACGAAAAGCAAGAAGUCGACCAAGUCAAACAAGUCGAACAAGUCGAACAAAUCUGAGUCGUCUGCCAUGGUCAGUUUUUUCAUAAAUUGUCAUCUGAAAACUUGGUGGAGCGAAGGUCAACCAAGUUGCAUAGAAAAGGCGAUAGAAUGAAAUAGUUCGAAAAGUUGAAAGGAUUUUUCUACUCUGCCAACAAUGACAUCUAAAUUUCAACUUUUUUUUCUGUUAUUAUUAGAACAUAGAUUAAAACUUGUCUGCAACAGAAAACAAAAAAUUAGCAACCAAUUUCUCGAAAUCGAAACUUUGAAGUACUUUUUUUUCUAGUGACUUGUUCACGAUUUACAGGGUACUACCAAGGGCAAGAAAGAUUGA